ACUCAAACAAACUAUAACACCCGUAUUACACUUGGACUCCCCCCCUGUCUCUCCUCUCUCGCCUCCUUUGUUCAAGAACAAGAAAUCUGAAAGGCCCUUUUGAUAUUGCAAAACAUGGAGAGAAAAGAUCUUGAUUACAUUUUGGUCCCAGCAGGCCUCCUAGUCAUGGUGGGAUACCAUCUCUGGCUCCUCUACCGAAUCAAAACCCAACCCAACAGCACUGUCAUCGGCAUCAAUUGCAUCAAUCGCAGUUUCUGGGUGCGCGCCAUGAUGGAGGACACGUCCAAAAAUGGUGUUCUUGCGGUGCAGACGCUUCGAAACAACAUAAUGGCAUCAACCCUUUUGGCCUCCACGGCGAUCAUGCUCAGCUCUCUCAUUGCUGUGUUGAUGAGUAGUGUAACCAAAGAUAGAAGUGCAUCGGUUUUCGUUUACGGGAACACAAGCGAGAAGGGAUACUCCAUCAAAUACUUUUCCAUUUUGGUCUGUUUCUUGGUGGCUUUCUUGUUCAAUGUGCAGUCCAUAAGGUACUACAGUCAUGCAAGCAUUCUGAUCAACGCGCCGUUCAAGAAGAUGUCUCCGCAUCUGAAGCAUCACAAUUUGACAACAGAGUAUGUGGCAAACACUGUGAACAGAGGCAGCUACUUCUGGUCUUUGGGUCUCCGAGCCUUCUACUUUUCGUUCCCUCUGUUCUUGUGGAUCUUUGGUCCCAUACCGAUGUUCUUGUCCUGCUUUGUUUUGGUUGUCAUGCUCUAUUUCCUUGACGUCACUUUCCAAUUUGGGUGGGUUGUUGGGGUUGACGAUGAGGAACAUAGCAUCAUCACCAAGGAUGAAGAACAAGGGGUGUAAAGCUCUAGCUAGCUAGCUCAUAAACAUUUCGAUUAGCAUAUGUAAUGCUACUAAUAUAAUAGUGUCAAAAAUUAGCCACUAGUGAAAAGCAAAGAUGUAGCUGUUCAUAUUCAACACAAGUUGAAUUUAAUAGCAAAGAUCUUUAAUCAAAAUAAAAGCUACUUCUUAUUUCUUA